AUGGCUGUCCCUUUCCAGAUCAGCGACAUCUUGGUCUUAAGUCAACUGGCUUGGAAGGUAUAUAAUUUCGCAUUUGAGAGGAAGUCAAGACCAAGUGAAAUCACAGGCACCCAAUAUGCAGACUUCGUCAACGAUGUUAGGUCUCUUGCGACAAACUUGGAAAACGUCUAUCGCGUGGCCUCAAAUGCGGCAUCCCAAGUCGAAGUCGGAACCUUGGGACGGCCCAGGGACUCGACAAAAAUAUGGGACUUGAGGUCUCUAAAUGAGAUAGUUGGAGAUUACCACAAAACACUACGGGAUUGUGAAAAGUUGAUUCGAGACAACUAUCGAUACAAUAAUGCAUCCAGUCCCCGUCAAGGUAUCUCGUGGAACGUCCUCGUCCAGCCAGAUGUUGAACGCCUACGGAACCGGAUAUCGUUACACAAUCUGAAGAUUUUAUUCGUCCUUAAGCCAUUUGAAAUCGAUCUUCUAUUCCGCAUCCAUCAAGAUCUCGCCGGCAGAAUGACUAGUAUGCAUAACGACCUGCGACGUCUCAUGGGAGUUAUGGUCCCAGAUUUCAAGGAAGAAAUGAAGCAUCAACAGACCCUACAAACCUUUACCAUCGAGAUACCUUCCAAUUUUUCCCUUAAGUUUCAGCAAGCUGCGGAGAUUAACCAUCCUGAGUUUGCUAGUGGAAGUCAACUCCCUGUCGCGGAUACGGCAAAUUCAUUUGUUUUCUAUUUUGGAAGAGGCACACGGAACCUCAAUGCAUCUCGAUUCGAUUCGAUCGACCGUAGGACUGCCUCUGUAACUGCCUACGUCAACUUACUGAAAUGCAUCUGGCUCAUGGAACACUUGGACAAAUACCAUAAUGCAGAAGGUUCGGGUUUAUCGCACUGGCCGUCGUAUUUAAAGGGUCUUAAUCAGGAAUUAUCACACGAGUGUAAACGGUUUUCUCCCGAGUGUAUGGAUAGGAUAUUUGCUCCAGACUUGUCUCGGGCGAGGUUAGAUCCAUCUGUAUUCGAUAUUUGGCCAGAAAUCCGCAGGGCCAGUAAUCUUCCCUUAGGACACCUUCGAAAGCAACCGAUGAAGGAAAUCAUCAAUGUCCCCCUUAAGAGCGACACACCAUCUGUCGUCACAUCUCUAAAGCUUUUACAGAUUUUGAACGGCUCACCUUCACAGUAUCGAUUGAUUGCCACGGCUGAGGAGCAGCUGGAAAAUGGGACGGUUAAACCUGAAGAGCGCGUUAUCGAAGUUAAUCUUGAAUCAGCGUCACUGAUUCCACUCUACGCAAUGCCCACUUUUAAUCGUGACACAAAUGAUAUCCUGCUAAGAACUCCGAGUGAAGACACAAGAUUUUCAUUUCCUUCCUUAAAAGACCUCCUUCGAUUCCAGCACGCUUUUACGGGGUUCAAGCCAUAUCUUUUCUACUCCCAAAUGGAUGUAAAGGUUGCAUACGUCGUGUCUAACGAAAAACCCGUUGUUGAAGAUGCCGUCUUACAACUUUGGAUACCCAAACGAUUGGAGGGAUAUUUACUCAACGAGGAGCAGAUUCCAGCUGAGGAAUCUUGGCUAGAACUCAGGGAAACACUCCCAACAAGCCCAUUGUCAAUUCCUUCAAACAGUGCUCCAUCCGCUCCACUCAGCAUGUUCCCUGGGAGCCCUCCUAGCCUAUUCUCUAGCAUAAAUCAUUUCAGUGCACAAUCUAUCGACCAACGAUCACUUGGCUCCAUGAGCAAUUGUACACCUCCGUCAGGCUCCAGUCCUGGGUCUUCGGGUAGUAGGGAUUAUGACCCACGCAGAAGUUACCCUUCCUUGACCAAUUAUCCCAGCCGGAGAAUGUCUACAAUGGGCAGCGUCGUGAGCAAGUCCAGUCAAAACACGGUAACCGUGCUUAACAUGGGUGAUACCAAUGGUGUUCUUCAUCAGAAACCUAUCCGGCCGGCCCUUGUAAUUUUCUCAAGGAGCGCGAUCGGUUCCAACGAGUUGGCAAUCACUUCCAUCAGGAUUGAUGAAAAGACAGCAGUUAACACAGAACGGUGCGACUGUCGGAAAGCUAACAGCUCGUGUGCCAUCACCUCUAUUGAGCAGUCCAAGGGGAAGUCGUGUCUAGAGGCUCAACGUUUUGUUGCGAAGGAAGGAGUCGAAGAUUUUGAUGUAGGAAACCUGGGCUUCGCACGGCGCAAAGAAUACCCUCACGCCGAAUUCAAGGGGCUAAAACGGGUAAGCAUCUCCUUCAGGAGUUCAGAUGAGCGCAAAUCGUUCGCGGGUUAUAAGUGCGGAUGCAAAUCGAACACCUGGGGCAAUUUGAACAAAUGCAUUGGGGCUGGUCAUCAAGGCAUCUUGGGUGAAGUUAAAGCCGUUGGCCAGCAAGAACUUCGGGCAUACCACCGAGCAGGUGAAAAUCAUGCAGAUAUCGUCAUUGGACAAGCCCCAACUGCAGUGUGA